AGGUUUUGGACAUCGAAGCAAAAAAUGAAAACCCAAAGUGCUUCUCUCCUCUGUCUUUUUCUCUCUCUUGCUAUCCUUUUGGCUAGUGGCACUGCUGCAAGUGCAACUCCAAGAAGCGCAGUGCCAAGCCACCAUGUUUCAACAUUCAACAGAAGCCUUUUUCCUUCCACUUUUCUCUUUGGAAUUGGUUCUUCUGCUUACCAGGCAGAAGGAGCAGCAAGUGUAGAUGGGAGAGGACCAAGCAUAUGGGACACCUACACUAGACAGCAUACUGAAAAGAUUUGGGAUCAUAGCACCGGUGACAUGGGAGCUGAUUUUUAUCAUCGAUACAAGGGUGACAUAAAAAUAGCGAAAGAAAUUGGGCUGGACUCUUUCAGAUUCUCUAUCUCAUGGUCAAGAAUAUUCCCAAAGGGCAAGGGAGCAGUUAAUCCCCUUGGGGUUAAAUUCUACAACAAUGUCAUCGAUGAGAUCCUAGCAAAUGGUUUAAAACCUUUUGUCACUCUUUUUCAUUGGGACUUUCCACAAGCUCUUGAAGAUGAGUAUGGAGGAUUCCGUAGUCCUAAAGUAGUGGCGGAUUUUCGUGGCUACGCAAACUUCUGCUUCAAGACCUUUGGAGACAGAGUCAAAUAUUGGGUCACUUUGAAUGAACCCUUAUCAUUUAGUCUCAAUGGCUACAAUGGUGGCACCUUUGCACCAGGUAGAUGUUCUAAAUACGUUGCCAAUUGUAGUGCUGGCGAUUCAUCCACUGAACCCUAUAUCGUUGGACACUACUUAUUACUUGCUCAUGAAUCUGCUGCCACAUUAUACAAGACAAAAUAUCAGGCUCGUCAAAAAGGACAAAUUGGGAUCACUAAUCCAACACACUACUUUUUGCCAAAAUCUCAAAGUGCUGCAGAUUACAAGGCAGCAAGUAGAGCUCUGGACUUCUUCUUUGGUUGGUAUUCUGAUCCGGUUUUCUAUGGUGACUAUCCGGAGAGUAUGAAAUCUUCAGUGGGUUCUAGGCUCCCAAAAUUCACAAAAGCUGAAUCUGAAGGUCUAAAAAAUUCCAUAGAUUUUCUUGGUGUGAAUUACUACACCACUUAUUAUGCGGAACAUGCUGAACCUGUCAGUGCCAACCGAACCUUCUACACAGACAUACUAGCCAGUCUCAGUACGGAAAGGAAUGGUCUACAUGUUGGAACCCCGACUGAUUUGAAUUGGCUCUUUAUCUUUCCAAAGGGAAUUCAUCUUCUUAUGGCACACAUAAAGGAUAAAUACAAGAAUCUUCCUAUUUACAUCACUGAAAAUGGCAUGGCUGAAUCAAGGAAUGACUCAAUACCAGUCAAUGAAGCCCGCAAGGAUAGUAUAAGGAUUAGAUACCAUGAUGGCCAUCUUAAAUUCCUUCUUCAAGCGAUCAAGGAAGGUGUUAAUUUGAAGGGCUAUUAUGCAUGGUCAUUUUCGGACAGUUUUGAAUGGGAUGCUGGUUACACAGUUCGAUUCGGGCUCAUAUAUGUGGAUUACAAGAACAACUUGAAAAGAUACCCCAAGUUCUCUGCUUUUUGGUUGCAAAAGUUCCUUCUCAAGUGAUCUGAAUUUAGUGUUCCUUUGACAUGUCUAGUGUUUUUCUUGUUUAUUUCCCUAGAUUUCAUCGUAUAUCACUUGUGUUGGAUGUAAUCAAGAGAUCAUUUUAUCAAAUAAAUAAUGCCAAAUGGCAUGUCGAAGUAAGAUACCACCGGUUCAUUAUAGUGGCCAUGAGUUCUAGAGGUUCAUUUUGAGGAAGAAUGCUAAUUAAUAAUAAUCUUAUCACUCUUUUUA